ACUAAAAUGUUUCCCUUUUCUUUUCCUGUCUAACCUACCGAAUUUUCAAUAUUUCAAGGCCCCGAGUGUCGGGGAAAAUGCCAGCACUGGGUUUAACAGAGACGCCGUAUCCUUAUCCUUUAAAAUGGCUGACGCGAUCCGGUGCGCCUGCGAUACCCUGAACUCAGCCGUCGGGCAGCUGGCUGCGCUGCGCAUCUCCGAGAUCCGGCAGAGUCUUGAAUUCCUUGGCGUGCAGCAUACGGAGGUGUUGCUGGGCCUGGUCGUGUUCGCCCUUCUGCAGUUUACAAAGUUCGCAGCCAUUCUGCUGCUUGCCAUCCUUGUGGCUUAUGGCAUAUUUUACCUGUGGGACAAUUUCUUCCCGGGGAUCGCUCAAUUUGGCUACAGGGGCAUAAAGAUGUGCCGAAAUGUCCGCACCUCUGCCAACCUGCCGCCUUUCACAUAUUCCGAUGGUGAAGAGAGCAUAGCUACGGGAGAGUAUAUAGUGAAUCCCACACGUGGAAUUGCCAGCGACCUGUUUGCAGGACCAGCCAGGAUGCUGGUGCCAAUUCUGCAGGACAGCAACAAAAUAUUCCAGAGCGCCAAUAUGCAGGCGGGUUCGCCGCUAGUAGGCUUGACAGAGCUGACACGCAGAGGAUCUCGUGGUCAGGGCUCACACAGGGGGUCGGAGGAUGCAACAAGUAAGCAGCGCCAUGAUCAGCGGCGCUACUGGAAACCUAUAGGCUCUGAUAGGGAACGGGAUCGGGAACGGGAACGAGAACGAGAUCACCAUUCCUACAGGCGAAGUGGUCAGAGUACAAGUCACGACGUCAAGCGCACCACUAAUGUCCUGCGCAUCCCGAAAAUCACCAGUGGUGUGGUUGACUUCCAGCGACUGCGCAACGUCACGAGUGAGGAUCUGAAGCGCUUGCCCAAUAUCACCAGUGGAGAGUCUAGGAGAACGCACAAGGAGGAAUACAGGAGAUUGUCGAAUGUCACCAGUGCUGAGUUGGGAUCCCGCAGGGUUUCCAAGAUCACAAGCCACGCCAAGGAAACCCCAAGAUGGCUGAAUAUGGCCACUGGGGUGACUGAGUCCCGGAGGAGAUCGAAGAGCUCACAUCCCCAAGACGGCGGCGAGACCCGUCGCCCAUCCCAUACCGGGGGCGGAACUGGCGAAUCCAAGCGCCGUCGUUCGUCAGAGCGGCCGUAUCCCGCCCACGGACGUCGUCCAGAGGAGCCGCCGCCGCGGCAUCCACAUCGGAUUCCUGCCAGCUCCGACGACAAUCGUCCCACCAAAAACCGUCGCAGCCUCAAUACCAACAGUCGUUCCGGAGUGAUUCGGCGCCAGUAUCCGGAGGAUCACUACGAGCGGCUGAGAGUAGAGAACCGGGACUACCAAUCCCGCCGAGUGGGGGCCAGUAGUGGUCAUCCCACCUCUGAGGGUGCGAUGCUCACCCAUCAGGAAAACUUCGUUGCCAGCUUCCGAAACAAUGACCGACGCGAGUCCCUCCGGAACCCAAAACCAAGUAAGCCAGGAAAGGAGGGAACUAACAAAAGCAGACGCGAUCGCAAGAAGUUUUAACCAGGUGUUAUCAAAUGCCAGAGGUCACUUUAAGUGAAGUUCCAAAAAAUAUGUCUGCGAAAGCCCAAGGAUUACUGAAAAAGGUGGAAUAUCCAAACAAGAGAAAAUGAAAAGCAAACCUAAAAGAUGAUAUAGCUUUUGCUUUUAAAUACAAACAAGGAAGAAAUGAAAUCCAUUUAUACAAUGCCUUGUGAAUUAAUCAAGAAAGCUUAAGAGCUCAUUAGUUUCUGUGUAAAGCUUUUAGCCAAAUUUCUGUGCAUAGCAAUCAAUAAACUCCCGAAGGCAUUAAUUUCAUUAA